AUGGAUGUUAAGAAAGAGGUGGCAAAACUCACCCGCAAUUUCAAAGCUAUUAAAGCUGUGCUCGAGAAUGCAGAGGAGAGGCAAAUGAAGGAGGUGGCUGUGAGAUACUGGCUGGACAGUUUGAAGGAUGUAUCCUAUGAGAUGGACGACGUGUUGGACGAGUGGAAUACUGAAAUUCUGAAACAACAUAUUCAAAAACAAGAAAAAGAAGCCGGUAAUGCUGGUAGUACUAGUACUACCAAUAAGGUAUGUUUCUGCAUUCCAGCCCCUUGGUUUUGUUUUGGCCAAGUCCGUCAAGUAAUUCUUCAUCGUGACAUUGCUGUGAAGAUAAAAGAACUGAAUGAAACAUUAGCUCUGAUUGCUAGUGAAAGACAAAACUAUAACUUUCAAUACAUGAAAAGAGGAAUUGAACAAAUUGAACGACAAAAAAGUUCUUCUUUCGUUGAGAAGACAUUUGGUCGAGUCGACGAAAAGGAAAUAUUAGUAAAAAAGUUGCUGAGUGAGAGCGGUCAAGGAGGGGCGACCUGCCUUGUCAUCCCUAUUAUAGGGAUGGGAGGAAUUGGCAAGACAACUCUUGCCCAACUUGCCUAUAAUGAUGAAAAGGUUCAAGCUCAUUUCAACACUAGAAUAUGGGUUUGUGUCUCAGAUCCUUUUGAUGAGAUCAAAAUUGCCAAAGCCAUCAUUAAGGGCCUGAAAAAGUGGAAUACCCCAGCUUCAAAUGAGUUGCAAACACUCUUGGAGUUUAUACACGAGUCUAUUAAGGGCAAGAAGUUCCUUCUUGUCCUAGAUGAUGUGUGGAACAAAGACUAUACAAAGUGGGAACCAUUAGAGCUAGCUUUACAAAAUGGAGCUGUGGCUUUACAAAAUGGGGCUGUGGGUAGUAGAAUAUUGGUGACCACAAGAAGGGAGGAUGUUGCGAGGAUGAUGGGAGCAUCCACUGGUAUGGUCAAUUUGGAGGUGUUGAGUGAAGAAAAUUGUAGGGCAUUGUUCUAUCACAUGGCACUGGCUGAUAGAGAAAAAAAUAAGUUUAAAGGGUUAGAAUCUAUUGGUAAAGAAAUUGUCAAAAAGUGUAAGGGCCUGCCCCUUGUUGCAAAGACAUUGGGUGGUCUCAUGCGCUACAAGAAAAAGAGGAAAGAAUGGGAAGACGUUUUGAAUAGUAAGAUAUGGGAGUUAGAUGUGGUUGAGGAACAAGUUUUCCAACCACUGUUAUUAAGUUAUUAUGAUUUGGCCCCGGCAAUUAAACGUUGUCUUUU